GUGUGGUGGUCCCUGCUCGGUGUACUGGAAGCAGCAGUGCGGUGUGGCGCCUCCUCGCACCCGCCUCCCCAGCAGGGUGACGGAGACUGUUCCCGACCACACCGCUCGUCAAUGCGGCUACCGGCGUCAGCAUCGUAGUAUGACGGGCCGGAUUGCGUCCAUGUUCCACUAUGUGGUGGUGGCAUUACUUGUGUUGGCAUCUUCAGCGGUAGGGGAAAGUCUCCAUCAAACACUGCUGAGCUCCUCUCCCACCCGUCAUUUGCUGUCGUCUUUAAGUGUUGACCCAGUUCUUCGACAGAGUCGGGGUCUUACUCAUGAUCUAGACUUGACUCCUGUCCCAGUACAUCUGUCAUCUUUGUAUGCAUUGAGUAAAGCCACUGAUAGUCUCAUUCAGGCCACUGAUGGUCUCAGUCAGGCUGAGCCAACUCCAGUCUUACAUCCAUCACCAAGCAAAGACUCGGUCUAUCAGUCAGAUUCUGAGCCAGAGCAAGAUUUUGACUUAACACCAACACAUGAUCUGCAGUCAUCAUCAGUCAUUUCUCAUAGUCAUGCAUCAUAUCCAUUGCCCUCUCCCACCAUAAACCCUUCCACCUAUAAAAUCACCCAUAACAUGUCAACACAAGCAGUAGCUGCGCCAAAGGUUAAUGAUCUCAUAACCAUAGAAAGUCAUGCCUUAAGUCCUUACUCCUCUUCUAGUCAUAUUGUCAUUCAUCCCUCAGUUCCUCCAUUUAUUCCCUCACCUAUUGAUCCCUACCUCACCCAUCUUAGUGAAACGAUUCAUGUGCCCAUCAACAAUGCUCUCUCCACCUCGGCCGUGCCACCUCACCACAAUACAACGGCGCCUGAGGAUGGUUUAUCUCGACUGAAUAGUUCCAGUAACAUAAACAGUGCCACCAUCUCACAAGAAGAAUUUAACAGUAUCUUAACACGAUUUAGCUUAGAUGCUCUGCAAGCAACUCAGAUAGCUGAGCGAUUAGGUCUAGCAGGGGCUGGAGUGGCUGAGCUAGAGCAUGAAUUGAUGCUAGGAGGAGACCUACAGGGUCCUGGAGGACCCAGUGACAGACCCCAGGCACUGCCUCUAGGACGCAAUGUUCGCACCUUACCUCAGAGGAGAAUGGAUUCAAGUAUUUCACGUGCCACCAAGCGACUGUUCUUGGGCGACCCAUCUCUGUGUUACUCUGGAACUUGUGAAUUCUUCCUCAUGUGUUGGUUGGGCGGUGGUUUAAUUGAUGGUGGCUGUGGUGGCUUUCUCUUUGCCUGCUGUACCCGACCUAACCAGAGAGGACAACGAGGUCCAGAAUCUUACCGAGAAGACACUGUGGGGCUUGUUCCUGUGAAUUAUGGUCCCAUCAGGAAUGAUCAAGAUUGUGGUUUGAGUGCCAGCAGCCGCCUCUCUGCCCAGCGGAGGAUUGUUGGGGGUACUGAAGCUGGCUUUGGUUCCUUCCCCUGGCAGGCAUAUAUCCGGAUUGGUUCAAGUCGGUGUGGAGGAUCACUCAUCAAUCAAUAUCAUGUGGUCACUGCUGGUCAUUGUGUUGCAAGGGCACGACCACACCAAAUUCGGGUGACACUGGGUGACUAUGUUCUCAACUCAGAACAGGAGCCUCUUCGUCCAAUUAUCUUUGGAGCCACUGAUAUAAAGGUUCAUCCAAAUUUCAAGUUCACACCACAAGCUGACAGGUUUGAUGUGGCAGUGAUAACCUUGGACUCACCUGUGCACUACCAGCCUCAUGUUCAACCUAUAUGUUUGCCUGAGAAAGGAACUGACUGGCUAGGCAGCUAUGCUUGGGCUGCUGGAUGGGGAGCAUUACAGUCUGGAUCACGGCUGCGACCUAAGACCUUGCAGGUUGUUGAUGUACCAAUCUUAGAUUCUCGGCUGUGUGAGGACUGGCACAGGCAAAAAGGGAUCAAUGUCAUUAUAUAUGAUGAAAUGAUGUGUGCUGGAUAUAGCCAAGGAGGUAAAGAUUCUUGUCAAGGUGACUCAGGAGGCCCCCUCAUGAUCCAGGAUGGGGGUCGCUGGUACCUGGCUGGUAUUGUAUCAGCUGGGUAUUCUUGCGCUCAAGGCAAGCAACCAGGUAUAUACCACAAGGUGUCCUACACAUCUGAUUGGAUCUCAUGGGCGGCCAGUACUUAAGGUAGUUUAUAAAUUUCAGCAAUGAUGGAUUCCUAAAACCUCAGUUAUGAAAUGAAGACAUUUUGAAUUAAAAUUAUUAAAGCUUUUCUUUUAAUAAAUAAAUAUAUGACAAUGCCAUUACCUGAAUUACUCUUAAUUUAGAGUACUUGUAACUUUCAGUAAACUUGAGUAGAGUAUCCAUGCAUCAGGGAUGUUUUAGGAUAAGACUUUCAUAGCUGGAUUAUUUUCCAUUGAGGAGCUUUAUUGUGAAAACUUUCAAUGAUGUUUCACCUCAUCCUGUGAUACCACCUCAUAUUGAGCUAGGUUGUGCCUCUAUAAUGCACGAUAAGUUUCAUAUUCAUAAGAUUAGAUACAUUACAGUACACUUCCUGUUACCAAGUAUGGUUGGGGCUGAAGAUGUGUUGGAUAUACAAAUACAGUAUUGUCUUUCACAUGUGCUUUUUUGAUGGGAAUGCUGACCAGAUGGUGCUCUGCAACAUCAGUAGUGAUAAUAAUAAAGGAACCAUUCAGUUAACGCACCACUUGAAUAGAUGAUACUGUGUUAAACAAACUACAGUACAUGGCUAAUAUAAUAUUGAUUCUGUAAUACACAUACACAGUUAACUUACUCAGAUCUAUCAACAGUAUUGAAUGUGAUGGCCCUAUUGUAGGUUUUUUGUUUAUCAUGCACAGAAGCCUUUCCCUGCAAGAUUUGCAGAGUUGCAGCUAAUUCUUGAUUCGAAGCACUCAAUAGUGGGAUGUCAGUCCACUGAAGGAUUGUUCCACCAUUAGCAGGUGCACCGAAUGGUGUACUCACUUAUUUCAGAGUAUGAGGGUAGUGUACAAGGUGGAAACACAACACAUCUCUUUGGUUGGGAGUCAAAUUCAUGACCAUCCAUUUGCUGGGCAUGCAGGUGCUCUUCAAACUGAGUUUUGGAACCACUGAAAUUGAUACAGUCAGUAAAUGCAUUAUUAUGUAUAUAUUAGUCUUUCAUAAUUUUACUUGUUUUUACAUAUUGAUUUGAAGUGUAACUACUGUAGAUGAAAUACAAAUACUGUACUGAUAUAAAGGAUAAAGAAGAUUACCCAGUAUAGUAUCUUGUCACAUCAGACAGGAGCAAAGUUUGGUGCCUUCCAUAAUUCCAUGCCUUUUGGGGUUCCAUCCCUGCUGGCCUGAGAAGGAGAGAGAUGUUUCCAGAUACCAUCACCACAAUUAGUUUUUAAUUAUGUCACCAUUCCUCUACCCAGUGUACAGUAUAGUGUAUCAAUGUACAGCAUUAAAAUAUACAUGGAAGUACUAGACAGUACAUACUGUACAUUACAGUAGACCUAUAGUACAGUAUAAGGUGUACAAUAAUAAAGGAGCUUACUACCUAGGUCAUGACAGAACUAGUAUUUUAGCAGUGGAAAUUAAAAAAUAAAUAAAACAUUAGCUGGAAAAGCAGGAGUGUACUGUAAUGGAAACUUGAAUAUAAUCAAUUGCUCAUUAUCAUUGUUAAUUUAAAUUUUUUAUACUAACGAGGCAUCUGAAUUAAAUGAGCACAGUAAUUGCAUUUAGAUCUCAUAUGGAAGAGUACAGUAUUAGUGCUCUUCGAUUUGGUAUACAUAAACAAUCAGUUUAGCAAUUUUGUGAAAUUUUAGAAAGUAGCUUUCAUGUGUGCACAGUAUUAUAUAUAUGUUCACCUAUUACCAUCGGUUAGUGUACUUUGUACAGUAAUUAUGUGUUGUGUUCUUGUGCCAUUGCUACUGUGGCCUGCUGUAGGACUUCUCAGGGGAAGAUAUUAAGUAUAAUGAUAGUUAAUAUGCCAUUUUAAAUAUAUUCUGAGACCUUUAAGUAAAGAAAACUUACCAAAGAAAUUCAGCAGUAAAGUGACUAGCCAGUUGUUGGAAAUAGGCCAAAGCUUUUAGAACUCAGCUUAAUUAGUUAUGAGUCAAAUUAUUGUUUUUUUUUCUUAAUUAUUUAAUAUUAUAACAAAAAGAUAUUCGACUGCAAAUAUAUUUUUGUAAUAUUUUAUAAUGAUGCUGCUGGAAGGCAUCUUUCUUUAUGGAUUGCAUCUGGCAAAGAUGGUUAACCGAAGACAAAUACAUUACCUAAAGUAGUUCCUUAACAGAGUUCAUUAGUAAUAUACAGUAGUGUGAUUAAAAUAAAAGUGGAUUCAUUCAUUACUCUGCUUAGCAAUAGCAAAAUAAAGAAGUAAACCUGAUGGUUUUGAUUUGUUACACUAUAGGAAAUCUUUUUUUAAAUACAAUGUUCAACAUACCACAAUGAAUUUAUAAGUAUUUAUAUAAUGGUAUGAUUAUGGGGUUGACAGACAACAGGAGAACUGAUCUUAUCACACUUUUCAGUAGUUAAUAUUUUCAUAUAUAAUAACCUCUAAUGGUAAAAAUUUUCUUCUGCUGCCCCAUCUACUGAGGUUCUGUAUGUGCUAAAUGUUUAGUUUUAUCUUCAUGCUGUAUCUUGCGGCUGGAACCGCAUCAUAUACUGAAGUGUAAAUGUUGUAUAUACAAUAUAUUUUUAUUCAUAGAAUAAAGUUUUUAAAAACAA